UGGCCUAGGAUGCCGCGGGGAGCCGCGGUACCUUGUGGGAGAGCAGAAGAAUGGCGGCGCCCGUAAGGCGGACUCUGUUACAGGCGGCGAAGGGCUGGCGGCGGUUCGAGGGGCACUGGGCCGGUAGCCUUGGCUCCCGCAGCCUGGCCCCUGCGGCCGCACCCUUGAGCAGCGGGUCUCCAUGGCGCUUGGUGGGCGCGUUGUGCCUGCAGCGGCCACCGUUGGUCUCGAAGCCGCUGACCCCAUUGCAGGAAGAGAUGGCGGCUCUACUACAGCAGAUUGAGGUAGAGAGAAGUAUGUAUUCAGACCAUGAGCUUCGUGCUUUGGAUGAAGCCCAGCGACUGGCAAAGAGGAAAGCUGACUUGUAUGAUGAAGAAGAAGACGAACAGAAUGUGCUGUUGGUGCAGGAUUUGGAAGAUGUAUGGGAGCAGAAAUUCCUACAGUUCAAACCUGGAGCUCGCAUAACAGAAGCUGAUGAAAAGAACGACAGAACCUCGCUGCACCGGAAGCUAGACAGGAACCUUGUUCUAUUGGUCAAAGAGAAGCUUGGAGACAAGGAUGUGUGGAUACUUCCCCAGGCCGAGUGGCAGCCUGGGGAGACCCUCCGAGGAACAGCUGAGCGAACCCUGGCCACACUGUCAGCUAGAAUUCUGACUCCCUUGGAGGGACGGACAGUAUCUGUUCUUCCCCGUCAUCCCAGCUCCCAUCAGGUACCUGGCUCACUGCUCGCGUGUUUACCGAGGAUGUAGAUUUGGCAGGAUCGGUUCCCAGUCACCUUACUUGCCCUGCCACCGGCACAAGCACGUGCUAACGAAGCAGCAGCCCCGUCGGUCCUUCCCCAAUCUGCGAGAGAGGGGGUGAGACAGAAUGGAGUGGGUGGGAACCUUAGCUGUGCUCCCAUGUCCUCAGCUGUCACCUAGGAGGUGGCAUCUGGGUGUCUCGCCAGGAUCACUGUGUUCAGAUCCUCUGCUUCUCUCACACAGUCAUGACUGAUGCUGGCUCAGCUCUGCCUCCUGUGAGCCACGUGGACAGGCUUCCAUCUCGGCACCCACUUUCCUCCUUUUAAUAUUCCGUUGCAAUAAUUAAAUGUGAGGGGAAAUGUAUAAAAGAGGUAUUGACAUUAAACGGGUGCAUAACAAACAAAAUGUGUUGAUUGCGAAGUUAUUAAAAUGGUAAAUAAUAUAAAAUGAUUAAAGUGGCGAAGAAAAGCUCACGAAAUAUAAAAGUAUAUGUACGUGUAAAAGUCGGAGUCCAUUUAUUUCCUGCUUGUUGGCACUUCCCUUCCCAAGUCCUUCUGCAAGAUGGAAUUCCUAGAGGUGGGCUAAAUGCUCAAGGAUGGCCACUUAACUAUUUGAUAAGUACGACCCAGUUGUCCUGCAGAGUGUCCAUAACAUUUGACCUUUUCAGGAGUGGUGUAGUGGAGCGUCUGUUUGUGUAGACCCCACCAACAUAUGUAAUCAUCUCUUUUUAAUUUUUGCCUAUCUUAGUAAAACAUCUCUUCUGGACUAGGGUUUUCCUGAUUGCUAGUGAGAUUGACCAUGUUUUCAAGUGUUUAUUGGCAUUUGUACUUAUUUGUGAGUGCCUAUUUAAAUUUUUUUAAUGUGUAUUUUUUAAUUUUUAUUUCUUUUAAAAAAAUUUUUAAAAUGUUUAUUUGUUAUUUUUGAGAGAGAGCGAGAGAGAGACAGAGCACGAGCAGGGCACGGCAGAGAGAGAGGGAGACAGAAUCUGAAGCAGGCUCCAGGCUCGGCUCUGUCAGCACAGAGCCCAGUGCAGGGCUCAGAUGUCAUGAACUACUAAAUGAUGACUUGAGCCGAAGUUGGAUGCCCAACUGACUGAGCCACCCAAGCGCCCCUGUUUAUUUAUUUUUGGAAGAGGGAGCGAGACAGCUUGAGUCGGGGAGAGGCAGAGAGAGAGGGAGACACAAA